AUGAGAUCUACCAGAGCAACUCGAAAAGCGGAAAAAAGCAAAGAAAUGGAAAAGAAGAAACGAAGAGGGAAAAGGGAGAAAGGCCAGAAAAAGAAAGUGGAGGAAAAAAAGAAUCAAGUGGAAAAGAAGCGGAAGGAGAAAGAUCCGGAAAAGAAGAAUCUGAGGGAGAGGAAGAAAAUAACUUCAGAGAAGAUAGUAUUGCUAAAAGGAGAAAAUUACACUUACUAUCUAAAAAAAAUUCUAAAAAUGCUUCAUCCCGACACUACUAUCUCCCGGGAGGCCUUGAAUGACGUGAAUGAUUUAAUGAAUGAUAUUUUUCAUCGCAUCACCUCUGAAGCUUCGAGAUUUACAAAAGAUGAAAAUUGCUGUACGAUCGUCCAUGGAAAAAUAGAAAUGGCAGUGAAAAAUCUCUUUUCUGGUCUGCUGAAGAAACACGCGAUUAUAGAAGGCACUAAGGCGAUUAUGAAAUAUAACAGAGAAUUAAGGAAGUAG